CAGAGAUAGACACAUUAAAAAGACCUUGUGAUUGGAGGGCAGAGAAAAUGAGAUGGGAGACGGGGCGGAUUUAUCCAAAGGAACGAAAACAGAGUGAUAACUGUCCUUCACCUUGUCCUUAUGUUCAAUCUGUAAAAGUGAGGGCUUUAAUAUUUUAAGAUGUCUCUCCUUGUUACCGCUAAACUGCAGGUUCACUGUGCGAUUCAAGUCGAAUCACAGCAGAUAGUUCAGUGACACCCCACUACUGAGUUACAUCUGAACUGUGCGGAGCGAUGGUACUUCAGUUCAGGAAAAUAAUGACAGGAUAUGUUUCACCUACAAUAAUGUUCAACAGUUCAUCGUACAUUUACCUCAAGCAUCACUCAAAAAUAUGUUAGGUUGUUUGCCUUCAGGCUUCUUCAUAGAUCUUACUGGGGGUUGAGGUCAAAUGAAUAAAAAAAAUAAAAAUAAUAAGCCAAGCUGAUCAAAUCAACACUCAAUUUUUUACUUAUAUAUAUAUAUAAAACUUAUCAUUAAUAUUGAAUAUAUCAAAAGCAAAAAACUGUUCUGUCAUUUAAUUCUAUGGUGUCGAACUCAAAGCCGAGGGGCCAAAUCCGGCCUCAGAUAUUUUUAUGCGGCCUAGUGAGUAGAUGCACAGUGCGCCACAAUCUAGAUCACUUCCUGUGUAUGUCAGUAUCACGGCUCUCACUAUGAAUGUGAAAACGUCCAAAUAAGUUACGGGGGAUGUGAGUUUCUGUGUCUAUGUUCAAACUCUGCUCACUGAAUAAUGGUUUUGUUUCACCUCCAACUGUCGAAGAGUGAAUUUGUCAGAAGUUAAAUACUCUAUUUUAGCUUAAAUAACCAUUCACUUAAGCUGUCAUUUGAAUAAAGCAACAUCCUUGGGGCCACAUGGAAACCUUUCUGACAGCCUAAAUAUGAGUUAACAUUGCACACUGACAAUAAACAUUGUGUGGACACUGUAAUUGUAAACAUUGUAUGUGUAUAAAUGUUAAAAAUAUUUCCAUAAACAUUUGAUUUGUUUCAAGCAGGAAAAGGUUGCUACAAUCGUCAGCAGGGAAUAAAACCAUUAUUAUUAUAUAUAUUAAUAAUAAUAUAACAAUAAUAAUAUGAUAAUAACAGUUAAUAUUAUCGUGACACAUAUCGCAAUCAUGUACCGGUUUUCAACAUAUGAAACACUUUUUUGGCAAAUAGUUUGAACUAGCUUGUGCUUAUGAGAAUGAGGAAAAAACGUUAUUAUUUGGAAUUUAUUUGACACAUUUAAAUAAAUAAACAUUUGCGUCUAGUCAGAUAAUGACUGUGCAGAAUCACUGGACCUCUGUGAUCAAUAAGCCUAUUUCACUUAAAUAAAGGAACAAAUCAAUGCAGUAAAACCAAAGCAGCAACAAUUAAACAUUGCCAUUUCUCUGAAGUCCAUUAUUCCUCCUCGCUGGCUGAACAGCAGGACUCGAUCCGCUCCGGACUUUGAAUGAGUCCCUCCGGAGCGGCCCAGCUAUUGAGUGUCCUUUCAAGUUCAGCCAAAGUAUAUAAUUCCUCCCACUCUCACAUCGCCAGCAUCGACAUCAUAUAGUGAGACAGCUAAGUAAUUGCCAUCAAACUACCCCGCUCGCUCGCUCUGCAGCCGAGAGGGGAGGGGAACGCUAAGAGCGGUGAACCGUCCUCUUCCUGAGCGCAGACCACAAGCGCCCAGACCUCGGAAUCACACCCAGGAUUUGCUUUUUCAUGCUUCCCUCAUCUCUGCUCCUGUGAUUUUGACAACUCAAUUGAAGGACGUUGUGAAUGGAUCUGCCUUCUUCCAGGAUUAUCGAUCCCUGGACGGUGCUUCACUCCGUUUUGGGCCCAGUGGGGAGACUCUUCCAACUGUGCUGGUCGUCUUUAGAAGUCUCACCUUGUCAUGUUUUUAUGACCCUCUUGUCGAACUGAGGUUUCAUUAUGUUUAUGACGGUGUGGUACGCUAAAAAGAUGGGCUGCCGGUUCCUCAACAAUGUCCGGAAAGCCAAGAAACAUCGGCACCACAGGAUGGGAAACACUCCUCCAGUGGUGGUGAACACUGACACGCUCGACGGCUCUCCAUACGUAAAUGGGACGGAAGGUGAGAUCGAGUAUGAGGAGAUCACACUGGAGAGGGGUAACUCGGGUCUGGGCUUCAGCAUAGCGGGUGGGACAGACAACCCCCACGUGGGUGAUGACCCCAGUAUCUUCAUCACCAAAAUCAUCCCCGGAGGAGCUGCGGCACAGGACGGCAGGCUGAGCGUGAACGACUGCAUCCUCUUUGUGAAUGAUGUGGACGUGCGGGAGGUGACACACAGCCAGGCGGUGGAGGCUCUGAAAGAGGCAGGUGCUAUUGUCCGCCUCUACGUUCUACGCCGGAAAGCGGCGGCGGAAAAAGUCACCGAAAUCAAACUCAUCAAAGGGCCUAAAGGAUUAGGUUUCAGUAUUGCUGGAGGGGUGGGAAACCAGCAUAUACCGGGAGAUAAUAGCAUCUAUGUCACCAAGAUCAUUGAGGGCGGAGCGGCGCAUAAAGACCAACGACUGCAGAUCGGAGAUAAGAUCCUAGCGGUGAACAACGUGUGCCUGGAAGAUGUGAUGCACGAGGAUGCAGUGGGGGCUCUGAAGAACACAGCCGAGGUGGUCUACCUCAGGGUGGCCAAGCCCAACAACCUGUUUUUGACCAACUCCUUCAACCCUCCGGACCUCACCAGCACGUAUUCCCACAUGGACACCGAGCUCAGCCAUCCAAACUACCUGGGCUCAGACUACCCACAAGCCCUCACUCCCACCUCCCCCAGCCGCUUCUCCCCGGUUCUUCACGGCUUGAUGGGAGACGACGACGUCCCCAGGUCUCUGUACUUUACAUUCUCCAGGGAGCCGCGCAGAGUUCUGAUCCACCGGGGAUCCACGGGUCUGGGAUUCAACAUUGUCGGAGGAGAAGACGGAGAGGGAAUUUUUAUCUCCUUCAUUCUGGCAGGCGGACCGGCGGACCUCAGCGGAGAGCUGCACAAGGGCGAUCAGAUUCUCAGCGUAAACGGCGUGGAUUUGCGAAUGGCCACUCAUGAACAGGCAGCUGCAGCUUUGAAGAACGCUGGACAGACAGUGACCAUCAUCGCGCAGUACAGGCCUGACGAGUACAGUCGUUUCGAGGCCAAGAUCCAUGACCUUCGGGAACAGCUGAUGAACAGCAGCAUGGGAUCCGGGACUACCACGCUACGGAGCAACCCUAAGAGAGGCUUCUACAUCAGAGCUCUGUUUGACUACGACAAGACCACAGACUGUGGCUUCCUCAGUCAAGCCCUGGGGUUCAAAUUCGGUGAUGUGCUCCAUGUUUUGGACUGCGGCGACGAGGAGUGGUGGCAGGCGCGCAAGGUCUGUCCGCCCAAUGAGGCGGAGGAGGUCGGCUUCAUCCCCAGCAAGAACAGAGUGGAGAGAAAAGAGUGGUCUCGCACAAACACCAAAGAGCGAGACCAUGGACGUGAGAACUUGGGCACUCAAGGGAGGGAUAAAACCUCGCACAGUUAUGAGACCGUCACCCAGGUGGAAGUCCAUUACGCCCGGCCCAUCAUCAUCCUGGGUCCCGUGAAGGACAGGAUCAAUGACGACCUGCUGUCUGAGUUCCCUGAUAAGUUUGGCUCUUGUGUCCCACACACCACGAGACCGAAGAGGGAGUAUGAGGUGGAUGGGCGGGACUAUCACUUUGUGUCGUCCAGGGAGCAGAUGGAGAAAGACAUCCAGAGUCACCGCUUUAUCGAGGCAGGCCAAUACAACAGCCAUCUUUAUGGCACGAGCGUCCAGAGCGUCCGCGAGGUUGCCGAGCAGCAGGGGAAACACUGCAUCCUGGACGUAUCGGCGAACGCUGUGCGCCGGCUACAGGCCGCUCAGCUUCAUCCCAUCGCCGUCUUCGUCCGGCCCAAGUCACUGGAGAAUGUUCUAGAGAUUAACACUCGGCUGACGGAGGAGCAGGCCAGAAAAGGACUGGACCGAGCUCUUAAGCUAGAACAGGACUUCAUAGAGUGCUUCUCAGCUGUGGUGGAAGGAGACAGCUUCGAAGAAGUCUAUCACAAAGUAAAGACAGUCAUCGAGGAGCAAUCAGGGCCUUACAUUUGGAUCCCCACCCGCGAGAGGCUGUGAUGCUGCUGCCCCUGACCGCUCGCCGCUCACCGCCACUAGACACCACCCUUCAACCUCACAGCAGCCUCGCCUGUCUGCCUGCCUGCCUGUCUGUCUGUCCUCCAGCAAAAAAAAGUCAGUGCUUAGGCAGAGAAAACCCGCAGAGAAGAAGUGACGCGUGGAGGUUCCAACCAAAUAAGAGACUCUGGUACCCAAGUAAGGACAGCUGAAGAGACUGAGAUGUUAUUGUUCACCAGGCGUCAGUGCUUCUAUGUGCACACUUGACAUUAGAAUGCUUUUUUUAGUCACUUACAGUCGGCGGUGAUCGACAACCAUCUCAAUCAUUCUGAUCAGUUUGAGUACUGUAAACUAUUUCAGGUGCAUUCUGGUGACAAGUGUGACCUCAUCUGGGUCUAGAUUCAUCUGAGAUGGAGCCAGAUUUAGUUUUUGGCUGGUCUCACCAUCAACACUUAAGUGUCUCGCCUCUGCACAUCGACGGCAGAGAUUGAGGUGCUCCAAGGACUUUUUAUAUCACCGACCUGCUCCUUCUCCUGUCAGCUCUGCCUUGUAUCCAGAGAGAGUUGUGGGGACGACAGAGGAGGUCCCACCUGACCAGGAGGGGGAGCUUUUUUCUCGUGAAUCUCCUCUUGGCUCUGACUUCUGAGCCACCGAGACUGAGCACCCAUGGUGAGAGGCGCUAUUUAAAGUUUAGAGAACCGAGCUCAUACGCGGAAUUUGUGCAUGCAUCCUCAAAGACGACGGAGAGAAGACGGAAAAAGGAGGUGUUUUUUUUUUUUUUUUUCAAAGCAUGUCUCAUGUUGGAAGGCGAAAGAUCUGAUCAGAGAUGGUCUCACACACACUCACCUGCACACAAACACACACACACACACACACACACACACAGAGUUGCGACCUCAGCUGUGACCUGCUGCACUUCUCUACAGAGUGGAGGGGCCUGACCUGCGAGUCAGAACCCAGGGUGAAUGUUAUCUCUCUGGGCACAAACAGCAUCAACGCACCACCAAUCACUGCAGAUACACAACCGUCUUCUGUGGCCGCUGUGAAAAUAGCCACAGUGUGUGUGUUUUUGUGCACAUUUUUGUGUGGAUUCUCCUCCGUGUGGGAGAAACAGGUCCAGUUUUAUUCGCGCAGCUUUCCCCGUCUGCUUCUUUCUCCCUCCUGUGUCCACACAAAUUCAAGUUUAAACAAAUAAAUAUCCGAUAUAUAUAUAUAUAUAAAUUAUAUAAAUAUAUAUAGAAAUACAUAUAUCUUUUUUAUGACGAUUUCUAAGUCUGUAAAUUCAAAUGCUUUUAUUUGGGUCCAUAUUAGUUGAUGAAGUUACACAUACUUUAAUUGUUCUUGUUGAGCUAAAACCAACACAAAACGCAGAAGCUGUCAAUCAGACUACAAUGGACAAAGGUGACAACAGUGUUGAUGUUUAGUUGUAACACAAUGCAGCUGUGUGUGUGUCUGUUCGUCUGUCUGUGUGUGAAUCGAGCCAGUUGGGGUGACUUGUUUUGGAACUGGAAGUUUUAGUUUUUUUCUUUUUUUUUUUUUAUAGAACAUUGAUCAUGUUGUUUCGUUUAUUUAUAUUGUGAUUUUUUUUUAUUUAAAAAAUCUUCGUUUAUUUGCAAAAGCAGCAUUUAUUUUAAAUAUUGCAUUUUCUUUUUCUGAAAAGCACAGAUUUUCUCCUUUUCUGAAACUUUUAUACGACUUUUUCUUUUUUAUCUGAGUUGCAAAUGCAAAAUGCAGUCUUUUUAUUUAAUCUGAUAUUUUUAUUUCUUAUUCAUUAUUUUAUUCUUUUUUUUACAUAAUAAUGGGGAUCUGCAUUUAUAAUUUUAACGACCAUUAAACAUUUCUUAGUUAGAAAUAUUAACAGAAAACCUCUUCAGUGAAAACAAUAAUUUGCCCAAGAAAAAAAAGCAUAAAAAUAUAUUCAUGUGCUCUAGGGGGGGAGACAGUAUUUCAGAUUAAGUUACAAAACUUGAACUCUCAGUCUAAGCUGUGAGCCCCAGUCAGCUAUGUGUGUGUGUUAGUGUGUGUGUGGCAGGCAAGUGUGCAAUAUAUAUAUAUAGAUAUAUAUUUAAAAAAAACUCUUGACAGUUAAUAUUCUUUUCUCCCAUCCACUGGUGGUUAUGAUGUAUAAUAUUGUUCGGUGUGUGUGUGGACGAGAGAGACACGCACAUGAAGAAGUAGUGCAAUACUGAUGUUAUGCAAUGACGAAAAUGAAAAACACCUAAAGCUUGCACUGACGGCAUUAUAUGCUCCAGGUAUCGACAGGAUCUGAGUUGGUUUUCUGAGCAUGAUUUACUUCUAUUUUUUUUUUUGUUUUGUUCCUGAAUUCUACGAGUGAAGGUGGAAAUGUUGACGUGGUCAUUCAUAUUUAUUGUUGUUUUGCUCACUCUCUCUCUGAGCCGGUGAGUUUAUUAUUUAUUUCGGUCACGGGUCUGUAUAUUUUUGUAUUACGUUCGUUUCACAAGGAGAGAUUUUAUUUCGGUUUUAUUUGUGAGGAGCGCUGUAAAUAUGGUGGACGUGUUGGACGCUGCAGAGACGAUGAGACGUCGUCGGAGCCACAGACAAUUUGCUUGACCAUUCACGUUGGGUGUAAACAGACAUUCACCUAGACAUUUACAUUCACACAGCAACAACACACCACUGACAUGAAUGGAAUAAUCUGUUUCUUCUUUUGUUUGUUUGUUUUCUUUAUCAAUGUAUUUUAUUAAUCUCUCUCUCUCUCUCUCCUCUCUCUCUCUCUCAGCCAUCCGUAUCAUGAAGUGUGAUAUUCCUUAUAAAGUAUAUGAAUUUUUACAGAAGAGACUGAUCACAGAGCUACAGUUGAUUCAGAAAAAGAAUAUAUUUAACAAAUGACAUUAUCCAGCAAAAUUAAAAUGUUCCAGUUCAGUGAAGCGCUUGAUGUAAAUUAGCUAUAAAAUAAUAAAAUUAAUUUAAAAUGCUUUC